UGUUGUCAGGCCGCUUAGUGUCACACUGCACUCUGUGUUCCCUCCACCGACCCAACCCCCUCCCAGAGCUCAGUCCGAUCGCGUUUAUCGUGAAUUCGUGCAUCCCCUACCAUCAUUGAUAGUCGCGCACGUUCCAUUCGAUUUCCCUUCUUCGAUUCCUCUUUCCGAUCCGUCGCAUUUUCCGCUGGCGGUGAACAAUGGCCGACGAUGGUUCCUACCUGUCGGCAUCUCAGUCGCAACUCCUGUCCUCAUCCACAUCCCCACUAUCACCAUCCAAGCUAUGCUCCAAAACUUAUAAGAAAGCGUCUAACCUCUUUCUGACACGGCGGCUUCAAGAAACUUUAUCAGCCCUUGAACCGGCGAUUACGGUUGCCAGGAGACCCGACGAACAAUUCACCAAUGGAGACGAUUCAGUCGCGCCGGUUGCUGCGGCCCAGCCAACCUGGCGGAUCAAAGUGUGGAAUCUCUACAUUACACUCCUGAGCGCCAUCAUUGAGCUAGGCCCUGAAGAAGGGAAGAAGUUAUUUGGGCAGAAAGAAUGGAAGGCCAUUUCGACUACAGUACGCGAGGGGGAGAUUUGGGAGACCAUUGUGCAGACAGGGUAUAGAGGCUUGGAGGGAUCAGUCGACGCAGAAGUCGUAUAUAACCUGGCAACACUAUUAUUGAAACAUUCGCCUUCACAGAAGCUCAGUCAGCAACGGCUCGAAACCUAUCUAUCGUCAUACGGGCAACCGAAUCUGGAUAUAACCGAGCAUCUACGCAAUGGCUCGUCUACGCCACGGCAGACCAACGGUGGUACCGAUACUCCGAAAGACCUGGUUGCUAGGGUCCGAAUAAUCGAGCUGUUCACCCUACAUGUUCUUCCCGCAAACGAGGAAUGGGAAUAUGCGCAGGAAUUCAUAAACUUGAGCGAGGUCCUCGACGAGGAGCGGAAAGAUGUAUUUUUGCAGACAUUGGAAGGACUAAAGGAGGAAAAGCAACAAGGAGAAUUGCGCGCCGCUGCCCUGCAGCGGGAGAAGGAUGCUGAGCUGGAAAGGCAGGCGCGAGAGGCAGAACGUCGCAGGACAGAGGAGGCCGAGGCCGCGGAGCGCUCACAAAAAGGACAUGGACGCAGCGGCAGUGAGGUAGACUACGGAAUCGAGAAGACCUAUCCAAAUGGCAGCAUCAAGGGCAAGGGGAAGAAUGCAGAGAAGCAGCCAAGCAGCAAGCCAGGCACCUCUGCGGGACGAACGGCCUUCUCGCCUCCCGGCUCCAAGAACAUCAAGAAAGCAGACAAGCCCGAGUCCCGAGCCAAGCAAUCACGAGCACUGGUCAACGCAGUGCGCAACAUUCUACAAUACAUCCGCAAGAGCAUUGCAGGCAACCCAUUAUCAUUCGCGCGUACCCUACUGUUCAUGCUGGGUAUUAUCGCUGCAUUAAGCCGGCAAGACGUGCGGGAGCGUGUCCGGAGGAUAGCAGGCUCAGGAUGGCAGAAAGUCAAGGGGACUGUUGGGAUGGGGGUGAAAGUGAGCUACAUCUAACGAGUAUUCUCCUUUGCAUUCCUUUCCCAUACUUGAAUGUCUCUAGAGUUCAUAAGAGAGGCUUGUCAAUUGCUUUUCUACUUGUCUGCCUAAAUAUGGUCCGCAGGUUGCCUUCAUGUUAUAUACGAUCUAUUUCUAUUGUAAACUCUAUAUUUCAAAUGAUG